UGAUACGGCCUCGACGGCCGCCAUUUUCUUUCUUUCUUAACAGUUAGCCGAGAGGGAAACCUCCGCGAGGAAACAGCAGCGUGUGCUGUAGCGUGAGUAUGGCUGACUACUCAACAGUGCCUCCGCCGUCGUCUGGCCCAGCUGGCGGCGGCGGCGGCGGCGGAGGAGUUAACGAUGCUUUCAAAGAUGCCCUGCAGAGAGCGCGGCAGAUUGCAGCAAAAAUUGGGGGUGAUGCUGGUACAUCAUUGAAUUCAAAUGACUAUGGUUAUGGGGGACAGAAGCGACCCUUAGAAGACGGAGAUGGCUCUUGGACAAAUCCGAGCAGUACCACACACUGGGAGGGAAUGCCCUCUCCUUUUAAAGAUCAACCAGAUGCUAAGAAAGCACCUCCCCAAAAUGACUCUUUUGGAGCACAGUUACCACCAAUGCAUCAGCAGCAAAGCAGAUCUGUAAUGACAGAAGAAUACAAAGUUCCAGAUGGAAUGGUUGGAUUUAUAAUUGGCAGAGGAGGUGAACAGAUCUCACGCAUACAGCAGGAAUCUGGAUGCAAAAUACAGAUAGCUCCUGAUAGUGGUGGCCUUCCAGAACGGUCUUGUAUGCUAACUGGAACCCCUGAAUCUGUCCAAUCAGCCAAAAGAUUAUUGGACCAGAUUGUUGAAAAGGGAAGACCAGCCCCUGGCUUUCAUCAUGGUGAUGGACCUGGAAAUGCAGUUCAGGAAAUCAUGAUUCCAGCCAGCAAAGCAGGACUGGUUAUUGGAAAGGGGGGAGAGACUAUUAAACAACUUCAGGAACGAGCUGGUGUUAAAAUGGUCAUGAUUCAAGAUGGGCCUCAAAACACUGGUGCUGAUAAACCUCUUAGGAUUACGGGCGACCCAUACAAAGUUCAGCAAGCCAAGGAAAUGGUAUUAGAGUUAAUUCGUGAUCAAGGUGGUUUCAGAGAAGUCCGGAAUGAGUAUGGCUCAAGAAUAGGAGGGAACGAAGGGAUAGAUGUCCCAAUUCCAAGAUUUGCUGUUGGCAUUGUAAUAGGAAGAAAUGGAGAAAUGAUUAAAAAAAUACAAAAUGAUGCUGGUGUUCGAAUUCAGUUUAAGCCAGAUGAUGGAACAACACCUGAUAGGAUAGCACAAAUAACAGGACCUCCAGACAGAUGUCAGCAUGCUGCAGAAAUUAUCACAGACCUUCUACGAAGUGUUCAGGCUGGCAAUCCUGGUGGACCUGGACCUGGUGGUCGAGGACGAGGUAGAGGUCAAGGAAACUGGAAUAUGGGACCACCUGGUGGACUUCAGGAGUUUAAUUUCAUUGUGCCAACUGGGAAAACUGGAUUGAUAAUUGGAAAAGGUGGUGAAACCAUAAAAAGCAUAAGCCAGCAGUCUGGUGCAAGAAUAGAACUUCAGAGAAAUCCUCCACCUAAUGCAGAUCCCAAUAUGAAGUUAUUUACAAUUCGUGGCACUCCACAGCAAAUAGACUAUGCUCGACAACUUAUAGAAGAGAAGAUUGGGGGCCCAGUAAAUCCUUUAGGGCCACCUGUACCCCAUGGGCCGCAUGGGGUUCCAGGUCCUCAUGGGCCUCCUGGACCUCCAGGGCCUGGAACUCCAAUGGGACCAUACAACCCUGCACCUUACAACCCAGGACCACCUGGCCCAGCUCCUCACGGUCCUCCAGCCCCGUAUGCUCCCCAGGGAUGGGGAAAUGCAUAUCCACAUUGGCAGCAGCAGGCUCCUCCUGACCCAGCUAAGGCAGGAACAGAUCCAAACUCGGCAGCUUGGGCUGCUUAUUAUGCUCACUAUUACCAGCAGCAGGCACAGCCUCCUCCUGCAGCUCCUGCUGGGGCACCAACGACAACCCAGACUAACGGACAAGGUAACUACGGAGAUCAGCAGAAUCCAGCUCCAGCUGGACAGGUUGAUUAUACAAAGGCUUGGGAAGAAUACUACAAGAAAAUGGGUCAAGCAGUUCCUGCUCCUACUGGGGCCCCACCAGGUGGUCAACCAGAUUAUAGUGCAGCCUGGGCUGAGUACUAUAGACAGCAAGCAGCCUAUUAUGCCCAGACAAGUCCCCAGGGAAUGCCGCAGCACCCUCCAGCACCUCAGGGAUUUGCAAAUCAUGCAAGAAGCCACCAUCAUUUAUAUUAACCAGUUUUUCUUUCUUAAAGGAUUCACUCCUGAAUUAGCUCCAUUUAAAGGAUUUUCUUUAACUUUUUGUGUAUCUCUUAUGUAUCUCUUCUGCACAGGGCCAAUAAUAAGAAGUGGACAAUACAGUAUUUGCUUCAUUGUGUGGGGGAAAAAACCUUUGUUAAAUAUAUGGAUGCAGACGACUUGAUGAAGAUCUUAAUUUUGUUUUUGGUUUAAAGUAGUGUUUUUUUCCCCCUUUUUUUUUAAUUUUGAAAAUGUACAAAAAUAUCUAUCACUACUGAUAGGAGGUUAAUAUUUCUGUGUAGAAAUGAAAAUUGGUUUGUUUUUAGUCUUUAGUGUAGAUGUACACAUUCCAGCAAAUGUAUUUGCAACUAUUAUGUGGUCGAUGCUUUGUGAUAUAAAUGUACUUUUUCAAUGUAUACUUUCACUUUUAAAAUGCCUGUUUUGUGCUUUACAAUAAAUGAUAUGAAACCUCCUGUGUCGGUAAGUUGGAUAUGUGGGUAAAGGAUUCAUAAUUUCUUAGCAUUGAUAAAUUAAGAUACAUGUACACGAAUAUAUAAGCUUUCCCCAUGAAUUACUUAGUUUUUAAACACUGGCAUGUUUUUUCCCUGUUGGAGUAUAGUGGUAGAUUGGAAGUUCUCUUCUGUUGUAUUUGGCUGUUUCAGCACAAGUAAUCUUGAUAUCUUCAUUUUUUUUCCCUUCUAUUUGAUUAAAAAAAACUGCAUGUGUAUACGAUGAUCUUUAGUAUACUUGCAUUGCAUUAACAGUGAAAUUUCUUUUAUACAUGAGCACUAUUUCAGACCUGUACUGCUGCUACAACAGUUAACCUUCCUGUUCUUCACUUAUUUCCAAGACUGUUUCAGCAUAACUCAUUUUGAACAGUUUUCAGACAGUGAUUUGAGGAGUUUAUAAGAAACAUUGUUUUUUUUUUUCCAUGUAAAGCAACUCUUUCAAUGUAUAUAUAUAUAUAUAAUAGUGUGUUUCUUUCUAAAUUCAGGAUAGAAAAGUAAUAGAAUGCGAAAGUAUAGCUACAUUGCAUCUGCCAUUGAAACAUUUGGGGUAUGAAAAUGUUCAAGCUUUUUUUUUCUUUUUGCAGUAUAGAUAAGCUUUGUCUUGUAAUUGCACAAGUCCAGUCAUUGAAUCAAAUUAAUUUUUUUUAUGUACUUGAAUCAUUUUAUUAAUCUUUAACAUUCAUGCUGAAGUUCUGAUAUUUUGUUGAAAACCAUUGUUUUACUCUGCAUAUUUGUUGGCUCUUUGCAUAUUAAUAUAUUAGACUACAUGCAAAUACAGUCUGUCUUGCCAUUGUCUGUUGAAGUGCAGGUUUGAUCCAGCCAGUAUAGAACUAGCUCUGUAGGGGUGAGGAGGACUGUGCUGUGUAUCAUCCUUGAUUGUGUUCCUUCAAGGAGCAUUGCACUGUAAGUACAUCAGAAUGACAAAUUGAUGAACUGCAACAGUAUCUUUUUGUCAAUGUUCCACAUAAUGAAAUGCUAUAUUUUGUGUGACUAUUAUGUUGGAAUACAGUGCUGAUGUCAUGGGAAACCAUAACUGCUUCUUAACAUAGAAUAAUACAUAGUUCUGUAUUUUUUUUAAGUGAGCUUAAUGGGUAAGUAUUUUUGAUAUGCUUUAGCUAAUAGCUAAAGAAAAUUGAUCAUUAACAAAGUUGAAAGUAGUAUUAUCAGUGCUCCUAAAAUGCUGUUUUUCAGUGUAAAAUAUGCCUAUCUUUUAUAGUUAUAUAAAAAACUUGAAAUGUUUAAGACAGAAGUGGUUUUCAGUUUGCAAAAUUUAAGCAAUGUAGGACUUUAACACCUUUUCAUAAAUGUUGUAUCAUCUCUAGGGAGCACCGUGUGUAUGAGGACAAAAUGUUGAGGUUAUAGGGCAGAAAAUAGUAGAGCUCAUUGUGGAUGUUUUGAAAUGUUUUGAUUGUUUUAUGUAACUUAGUGACUUCCCUUACCCAUAUUUAGAUCUAGUAUGAAGUUUAAUAGUAAUAGUUAAGGAGUUAUCUGUUAAGAUCUUAAGUGUAGGGUAUUGACAUGAACAAUUUCAGUAUUUUGCAUGAUGUUGUUGCUUAGAUGAGCUAGGAAAGUGUUGUGGUGCAUUUAGUAAUUAAACUGAAGGAAAUAGUUGGAUUCAGUAUCAUAAUUCACAAAUUGGAGGCUGUUGAUUUUGAUUCGUUUAAAAUUUAAAAUCUUUAUUAAUUGCAAACAGUGCAAUUAUUUAUACUUCACAGUGCCUUCCCAGACCUUCCACCUUAGGUUCUGCUGCAAAAAGCAACAGUGCUGAAGAUGCUGCAAGCACCAAAUCAUAGCUCAUAAAAUCAGGUCCUGAGAUAGUUACCCAUAAAGAGGAAUCCUUUGAGUGUAUGCCAUUGGUGAGCCGAUGAGCAUGGACCAUAGAAGGGCUCAAUGUAGAAGAAACUACCCGUGUGUUAAAAGAAGAUUGGCUUAAAAUGGCUACUGUGAUGGGAACAGUGUCUUAGGGAGAUGCAGCUUGGACUUGAGGUAAAUUGAAUACUUUACAAACUGGUUUAGAGUUUUUGCUUUAAUGACAUUGUAUGUAAAAGGGCACAUGAUUGUUGUAAUUUUGUAUUCUUUAUGGUUUCUUUAAUUAAAAAAAUAAAUGUACAGUGAUUACUAUUA